GGACCAACUCAAAGCUGCCCCGUACCCACACCACCAACACACACCGUCCCUCCACAACCAAUAACAAUGCUGCUGCCUCACAGACAUACAUUCAUACAGACGUAAAUAUAUAAAUUCAGUAAAUUCAUACACACACACACACGCAAACACACACAAAUAUAUACAUUACACUCAAAGGCAUCUGUUCUUAUUUUUUAGUGUAGGACAGUAGGGAGUGAAAUUAACGUCCAUUUUGGUGAUCAGGACACACACACACCGUCAACUCUGGAAGACUCUCUCUCUCUCACCACAUAGUAAAGACAAGGAUGAGGUGGGUGGUGGUGGUGCUGCUGCUGCCAACACUAACGCUCGCCCUCUCACGUCACCCUCAUCCUCCACAACCUGUCAAUAUACUUAACAUACAGCCUAAUUAUAUUUUAUCAUCAUCUACACACAAGGAGAGUAACAGUGCAAAUCACAUUAACUAUCUUAAACAUGAGGAUUUAUCCCCACAAGCUAUGUUACAGCAAGAAAGUAAGAUGCUCUCCUCUUUGUUGAAGAUUUUACCCAGUCAAUUUACGAUUAAACUGAAUGUAAAGUCACCAUUGUCUACUCAGGGUGUGGUCCGGGUCAAUGCUGAGUCUACUCACACAAGCCUCAGUGAGAACACCCAAACACCUCUUCUCUCCUUCACCACUACAAACAAAACUGGUUACUUUGCUUUCACAGUUACUUCCUCCCACAAGCCCGCCCACACACAGCCCUCCUCCACCCUCCCGCCCCCACCCACUGCCAAGACACUGCACAAACAUAACACUGAAGAUAAGAACCUGAGACACAGUGUCGUCCAUGAAACAGAAGUAACACUGGGAGCCGACAGUGUAAACCUUGGAGUGACGCGUGAGAGAUAUAACGUAACUACAGCCACCGUCUCUCUGUACACCCCCUGCCUCAAGUGUUCACACGAUAAUUCAAUGUUCUUCUGGUCCUGGGAGGCCAUCUUGUUGGUGAGUCUGCCGGUGGGGUGGUUGUUGGUGCUGGCGGUGUUGUGCUGCCUCACUCGCACCCACUUAGGCAAGAAGCUGCUCAGGACACUGGGACUGCAUCCCCACCUCGACCACCACCCCGACCCUGAACUGGGACAUGGAAUGGGAAACAUCGACGGAAGUCCCGGGAUGAGAAGAUCUGUGGAAGAUACAGGGGAGAAUAUGAUGGAGAUGGAAGAGGAAGACAACGUGGCAGACGAAGAGGGAGGUCAGGUGACAGAGGCAGACAUAGAAGGAGAUAAGACAGACACAUACAUUAUGGAAGACGUGGACCUUAGUGUAACAAAUGUCAAUACAGAUAAAACUGUCGUGAGUGAGAGUCUGACCUUGAGGAGAUGUCACUCCUCGCCUGCGGUGGUACAAGAUAUUGCUGACUCCCAGAGAAGAUUACGGGCCCUCUCUCGCAUCCAGGAGGAAGGUUCUCACUGACGGUGUGGAUAACACUCUUCUUCCAUCACGUGAACAACAUGACGACUGUCUUCAUCCAUCACGUGAACAUCAUGACUACUGUCUUCAUCCAUCACGUGAACAACAUGACGAAUGUCUUCACCAUCACGUGAACAUUAUGACUACUGUCUUCACCAUCACGUGAACAACGUGACUACUGUCUUCAUCAUCAAUAUGAUGCAUUUCUUUGUGUACGAACCUCUGUCCUGCAUGGCAGUGAACAGUGACAUUACCCACAUGAAUCUGAC